CCCAGUUUAGAAAAACCUCAGCCCAGGCCCAUCCUAAAACAGGAGGGGAUGGGCCACUACUAAAAGCAACCUCAAGACUUCAGAAUCUGUCAGUCUGUAAACUGAUGAGUUAAAGAAACCAGACAACACAGUUUUUAGUUUAGUAACAAGUUUUUAGAUCCAUCUUGAGUCUGUGCCAAUUUCUGAGUCAUAUUUCAACAAUACAACAGCGUGUCUGCUGCCUCUAUCGUCAUUUUGUUUCUUCAAAUCCACUGGAUCUAUCUUGUAUCACGCUGCAUCAGCUGACUGAAUGACCAGCAUGUCAGAAGAGGUGAAGCUGGAAUGUGUCUCGCUUAGUCCUGUGAGCAUGGCAACCGACCCUGAGCAGGGGCCGCUUUGCAUUUUUGGGACGGGGGACUUGGGGCGCUCUUUGGGGCAACGCUUGCUCCAGGCAGGAUACAAGGUGGUUUACGGCAGUCGUAGACCUCACAGCUGCGGGCCCUUACCUGCUGGAACUCAGGCAAUGAGCCAUGAGGCAGCAGCCAAGUCAGCCAAUCUGGUCUUUAUUUGUGUACACAGAGAACACUAUGACUUUCUGGAGAGACUUGCGCCUCAACUCGUGGGGAAGGUGCUGGUAGAUGUCAGCAACAAUCUUAAGAAGAAUAUAUACCCAGAGGCCAACGCAGAGUUUCUGCAGAGGCUAGUCCCUGGAGCUCAUGUGGUGAAGGCCUUUAAUACCUUGUCUGCCUGGGCCCUUCAGAAUGGACCCUCGGAUGCCAACAGACAGGUGUACCUGUGUGGCAACAGUGUUGUGGCUAAGCAGGCCGUGGAAGAGACAGCUACCAAACUGGGCUUCACAGUUCUGGAUAGAGGGUCUCUGUCUGCAGCCAGAGAACUGGAGGACUUCCCCCUGCAGCUGUUCCCAGAAUGGAGGCUUCCCAUUCGCCUGGCCGUUGGCCUGACCGCAGCCUUCUUCUUCUAUCUGGUCAUCAGAGAUAUCAUCUUUUCCUAUGUCGAACAGGGGAAAGACAUCUCCUUCAGAAUCAUGGUGUCCCUGGCAAACAAGGUGUUUCCCAUUGUUUCUCUUAUUUUGCUGUCUUUGUGUUAUCUGCCUGGAGUGAUUGCUGCCUUCCUUCAGCUCUAUAGAGGAACUAAAUACAAGCGUUUCCCUGACUGGUUGGAUCGUUGGAUGCUGUGCAGGAAACAGCUGGGUCUGCUGGCUCUUGCCUUAGCUUCCCUGCAUGUGCUGUACACUCUUAUCAUUCCUAUAAGGUAUUAUGUGAGAUUCAGGAUUGCAGCUCACACAAUCUCACAGAUCAAGGAGAACAAAACAUCAGAGUUUGACACAACCAUGGCCUGGCGCACUGACUCGUACUACUCUAUGGGGAUUUUAGGAUAUGGCCUGUAUGUCCUGUUGGGACUAAGCUCUCUCCCUUCUGUCAGCAACAGUCUCAGCUGGAGAGAGUUCAGCUUCAUUCAGUCCAAGCUUGGAUACUUGACACUGUUCUUCUGUACCUUUCAUACUUACCUUUACGGUUGGGACAAAUUCCUUCGCCUGUCCGCCUACAAAUGGUACACCCCUCCCGCCUACAUGCUCAGCCUGGUGGUGCCCUCUGUGGUCCUGGUGCUGAGGCUGCUGCUCUUUCUGCCUUGUAUGGACAGAAGUCUCAUCCGUAUUCGACAAGGCUGGGAGAGGACUGACCCAGAGAACGACACCAAGAAAUCCCUGCUAACGUAGAAUGCCUUAAUUACAGAGACAGAUGCAUCCGUAGGCACGGGGAAAAAACUAAACUAAGACACAGGCAAGGUAGAUUUAUACGGAGAGCAGACCACCAUAAAGGAGACCACUACCUGAGGGUCUCAGAGUCCGAAUUGGACCAUAUAUAGGGACUUGUCUUGCAACAAUAUAUAUUAUGUCAUAUGACUGUAACAACAUUAUUCCAAAACAAAGCAAAGUUAGCACUGACAUCUAUUAGCACAUGUUAACAUAAGUCAUUGCAACUGGGAAACCUUUUAAGCAACUUCAGUGCACUCUCAAUUGCAGUUUAACUACCAAGUUAUAUCCAUGUAUUGUUACAUUGUUAAAUGUUACUGAAAAUUAUAGAAAUAUCAGUGAAGUUGAUUUUACUUUUAUUUCCUAUUUUUUUACUUCCUGUUAACCUUCAAUUGUUACGCCAUGUUUAUUGAUGUUAAAGGCUCAUGUUUAUUUGGAUUUAUGUUACUUAUCUGACUUAGUCUGUUUUUCUUUAAUUGUCAUUUUAGAUUAAGUUCGAUUCUGUGAAAAGGUCACUGAAUUUUAAUAGAAUCCACUGUACGAUGAAUGCAUCUGAAUCUAAAUAAAAUUCAUUGUGAC